CUUCCCGCAACGAGCCAAAGACUCGCAACCAAGAGCAGAAGCGGGGUUUGGCUCUCCGCGUUCCGGAGCUCUUUGCGGAUCCCGGCCCCCCUGCGCCGGCGCUCCGCCUGCCGCUUCCUCGGAGCUGGGCGGGCUGCCGGGGGGCCACGUGCACUAGGGCACCUCGGGAAGGCUCGGGGUCGAGAGCGGAUCGAGGCGGGUGGAGUGUUUCCCCGAGGGUGCCUCAGAGGUCACCUGGACAGGGGCGGAGCCGGCGGUUUUCUGAGCUGGCCGCGAGUCGGGUCCGUUAACGCCUCGCGGUGUCUUCCGGAACGUGGGGGCGGGGCCCCGGAGUAGCCAAUAGCCCUGGGCCUCCGGAAUGUCGCCACCCAAUCGCGGAGGGGAAGGGGAGGGCCCGGGCUGGGCCCAGCUGCCCGGGCCGGCGGUACCAUGGUCUGGAGCGGGCGCCUGGCCCUGGGGGCGCUGCGGGCCCCGGGGCUGGGAACCUGGCCCGGCUGGCUGCGGGGCUCCGGGCCCACCGUGCUUCGCCGGUUGCGGGGGGCGGCCGUGGUGCGGCCUGGCUUCUUGAGCUCGGCAGAGGAGGAGACGCUGAAGCGGGAGCUGGAGCCCGAGCUCCGGCGACGCCGCUACGAGUACGAUCACUGGGACGCGGCUAUCCAUGGCUUUCGGGAGACAGAGAAGUCCCACUGGUCAGAAGCAAGCCAGGCCAUUCUGCAGCGCGUUCGGGCAGCUGCCUUCCCCCCGGCUCUGGCCCAGCUUCCCAUGGUUCACGUCCUGGAUCUCCAUCAAAGUGGCUACAUCAAGCCCCAUGUGGAUAGCAUCAAGUUCUGUGGCGGCAUCAUUGCAGGCCUCUCCUUGCUCUCUCCCAGUGUCAUGCGACUAGUUGACACCCAAGAUCCUCAGGAGUGGCUGGAAUUGCUCCUGGAACCUGGGUCCCUCUAUAUCCUCAGAGGCCCUGCCCGAUACGACUUCUCCCACCAGAUCCUUCGAGACGAAGAGUCCUUCUUCGGGGAGCACCGGGUCCCACGGGGCCGAAGAAUUUCUGUUAUUUGCCGUUCCCUCCCUGAGGGGGAACCAGGCCCCCCAUCUAAAUGAACUUCAAGUUCCACCACCACAGGGUACUUUGUAUAAAGUAUUUAUGAAUAAAGUUAGAGAAAUGAUACUUGA